UUGUUGGGGAAAUCCCUGAAGUGACGUCAUCUUCGUUAGAUGUUUAAUAUGGCGGCGCGAACCGUCCGUAAAUCACGUGACCAUUCAGCUAUUGUAAGCGCAAUAUCCAGAUUGUUUGUAUAUAGAGUAUUGUAAAUACUGUAAAGAAUGAAGAACACAGGUGGCUCCGGCCGGAGCAAGUCCGCUAAGGACAAAGGAAGCAGUAAAUCCGCACAGACACAGAUACAAAACACAGCAAAGUCAGAGGGACCUCCAGUGAAGACAGUGCAGCCCACAGCAGAACAGUUAGCAUUGAACAAUUUGAUUCACAGCAAAGACUCUGUCGCUGAGGAUGCAGAUCUCAAGGACAAAAUCAAACAGAUUAUGGAAUUGACAGGCUGUUCCCAAGACAAGGCAGAGAUUGUUCUGUAUGACUGUAAAAAUGACAUGGAUAAAGCUGUCAACACAGUACUAGAGGGGGCAACAGACGAGAGUGAAUGGCGGGAGUCUGGAAAGAAGAAAAAGAAACAAAAGCCGGAACCAGCUCCUGCACCAGUGGAGAAUAACACUGACAGUAAACCUGAUAGACGAGACAACCGAGACCGAAAUGAUAGAGAUAAUAGAGACAGAAAUAAAGAGGAGAAAGAAAAUGGCGACAGAAGCUAUCGUGAACAAUCAGACAACUACCGGCAACGAGCACGGCGAAACGACAACAGACCACCAAGAUUGUCACGGGGUCGUGGCCGACCAGACAGAGCUGGAGACAGACCUGAACGAGAAGAUGAUACUGAAAAAGAUGAUAAUCGCGACAGGGGAUUUGAGCGCGGCAGGGGCCGAGGGCGAGGGUUUGGACCUCGACGUGGUAGGGGUGGUGGUGGAGGGUCUUUCCGAACAAAUCGUGGAGGGUUUGAAAAUAAGAAUUCCCAGUUUGACAAUGGUCCUCAGAUUGACACUUGGACAAACGAAACAGCUGUGAUAGGAGAAAAGGAACCAAAAAUAUCUAAUUGGGGUGAUUCAAAAGAAGAUUGGAACGAGGACAUUGACAGCUGGACUGGAAGUUUAGCAGAGACCAAAGUUUUUACAGCCAGUGGUUCAACAGCACCUGAACCAACAAAUCAAGUGCAGAUUGAGACGAACACACUUGCAAACACGAACACGCUUGCAAACACGAACACACUUGCAAACACGAACACACUUGCAAACACGUUUGAUCUCGGAGGCUUGUACCCAAAACACCUACAGAAUGACAUGAGUGCGGAGGCAAGUUAUAUCAGCCAGUUCAAUCAGCAGGCGACAGAGUCAAUCAAGAAUUCUAUAGGGAUUGGGUCUGGUCAGAGUUCCUCUCUUCAGAAUUCUAUGACUUCACAGACUGCUUCCAAUGUUAGUGCUCUUGUAUCACUUCAACAGAAUGCCUUGCAUGAAAAUUUGGGAUCCAGUCUAACAGAAUUGACUGGUAAUAACUUGACAGGUUCAGGACUGGCUGGAAAUAGUUUAGUGGGAACCAGUCUUGGAAAUUCACUAUCUACCAGUCUACCUGUGAAUAGUCUGACUGGAAGUGCUUUACAUAGCUCCAGUCUGAGUGGCAAUGAUUUAACAGGGAACAGUCUCACUAGUCUUUCAGGAACCAGUUUAGCUGGUAAUAGUUUAACAGGAACAAGUGUCACAGGAAGUGGUUUGUCAUCUUUGACUGGAAAUAGUUUAUCAGCAGGAUCACAGUCUGUUGCAGGUCCCUCAAAUGUCAUUCCAGCAUCAACUGUAUCACAGAAUGCAAUGUUACAACAGAGACAGAAGCCACAAAGAUCGAAGUUGCCACCACCAUCAAAGAUCCCAGCAUCUGCUGUAGAGAUGCCAGGCAAUAUGAUGACCACCCUUGAUGUGCAGUUUGGCAACCUCGAGUUUGGUUCAGACAGCGCAGCAUUCUCAUUUGGAGGAAAUGAAUCUGUAACAAGUUCUUUCACUAGUGCUGAAUCCAACAGCACAUCAACAAUCAACGACCAUGUUGGUGCUACAGUGGGCCAGGUGCAAGUACAGAAUCAUAAUAAAACGAGCGAAACUUUGAUAUCAGGAGGACUGGAACAGAAUUCUCCGAGAAGCAGUUCGCUGUAUCAACAAUCGCCGUACACAACACCAACUAAACAAAACCCUGUAGAUAGUGCAAAUACGAUAAAUUCUCCCAGUGAGCCUCUACAAUUGCAGGGAACUACAUCUGAUCUGAAAUCCAAUCAGCUCAUAGCUGGACAAACACAGCCAGUGUCACUGCCAUCCACAAAGAUAGAUUCUAAUCUUGGUUCUUACUCGUCUGGUUCUUCGUACCAAUCCACUGGGUAUCAAUCACAAAAAUCUUCAGCUGGGUACCAGUCUUCAAGUAAACCUGGAUCUUACUCUGGAACUCAGUACCAGUCUACUCCAAGUCAGAACCAAUCAAAUUCAAGCCAAUUUUCUAGUCAAUACAGACAGUCUAAUCAGAAUCAGUACCAGUCUGGUAGUAGCCAGUUCCCGUCUGGUUCUCAGUAUCAGUCUCCUCCAAGUGGGUACCAGCCAUCACAGUCUGGGUUCCAGUCAGCCCAGUCUGGCUUCCAGUCAAAUCAGCAACAGUACCAGUCUGGGCAAGGUCAAUUCCAGAACUUCCAGUCUGGUUCGACAUUCCAGAAUCAGUCUAAUUAUUCCUCAAACCAAUCGAAUCCAAGUGUUUUGUAUCCAAAUACUACAUCGUCGUCAUAUUCAAGUCAGUCUCCGCAAAAUUCUCUGUAUUCUCAAAGUUCGCGACCAAGCUCUUACUCAAACCAGUCUUAUUUAAAUGAGCAUGCCACAGGUGCAGGUUCAUCAUUUCAGACAUCAGUGACACAGUCUAGCUCUGGGUUUAAGGAAAACCAAUCAGGUGCAAGUUCGUUCAGAGACAAUGUCCCUUCAUCAAGUAAAACGAGAGACAGUCAGUCGGAUAGUUCGACAUAUAACAGGGAUACUCAAUCAGCAUCAAGCUUUAGUGAUAGCCAGACUAUGGCAUAUAAUCGUGACAGUCAGUCAGUGGGUAGUUCGUAUAACAGAGACCCUAGUAAUUCGUUUAAACGUGACUCAAAGUCUGCUAGCGGAUCUUAUCCUAGGGACACUCCCGCAACUGACAGUGGUGCAUAUAGUCGCGAUUCCCAAUCAGCCAGUGCCUCUUAUUCUGGUCGGGAUAGUCAGUCGUCCUCGACUGGUUUUCGUGAUACUCAAACUGGUGCCUCUGGGUAUGGAAGCCAGGCAGGCUCAUAUCCUAGAGAUGCCAGUCAGUCUCAGUCCCAAGCUGGAUAUAGUGCUAAAAACUAUCGUAACUCAACGGAGGUAACCUUACAGUCAUCCUUUACAGGAAGUAAAUUAGCGGAUAAUUUUUCAAAAAUUGGAGUUAAAGAUGGACCAUUGGAUACAAUCCAGUCAUCAAGUUCACAGUUUGAUAGUGUAUCGAGUUCAUCAAAAGCGACUACGAACACGACAUCAUUGACGUCAAGUACAACCUCAUCCACAAUAUCAUCCACUGGAACUACUGUGAUAAGCAGCACGACAACUAAAAUCUCAACGUUGCCGUCUGCGUCAGCUACUUCUUCGAAAGCGCCGCCCAACUUGCCACCAGGUGUACCAUUGAUGGCACAACAGUACAUUAUGGGACAAGCUGGAACUUUGCCUUUCUACGGUUUACAGGGUCUGCAGGGAUUACAGCAGCCCCAGCUUUAUGCUAACUUGGAAGAAUUCCAGUAUCUUCAACAGAGAAUGCCACCUCUUGCUACAAGUAAUAUGUAUGAUUUACAAGCUACGGCAGCUGCAGCAGGGCUACAAAUCCCUCCAACAACGCUGAACUCAAACAGCACACAACAGACAAUUCCCACUGUGCCAUACUCUGGUUCUAAUGACAGCAGUAAGUUGCCUAGAGUAGAUGCGCAAUCACCUACAGGGUCAGUCCCGGCAAACUCUCAGCCCUCUGGUACAGGCCAGUCGGCGGCACACCAGCAGCCAUACAUACAUCUCAACUACAGUUACUACUAUCCACCAUCACUGAUUCCGGGAGCUGGCUUCCAGUAUCCAAUGAUUCCAAUGCCCCAGGUAACAAACGCUGCCCAUGCUGGCACUCCAGCUAACACACAGUACCAACAGAAAAAUUACGGCUCACAUGUACAAUAUGGAACAAAUAAAAUGUAUGAUGAUCUGACAGCUCAAACAGGUGGUGAUUUCUCCAAGAGUCCUUACGUAACCUCCCAGACACAGCCCAAGGCUAAUAUCAAUUCAUCAGCGACUGUAGGUUCUGGAUCCAGUGACAUACAGAUUCCCGGAUAUGGAGGAAAAACACAUGCUCAGGCAUUUGACAAGCAGGGAUUUCAUGCUGGUACUCCUCCUCCCUUCAAUCUACAGAUGGCAGCUGGUCAACUUGCUACUGGUACCCAGGCUGGACCCCUUGGAGCCCCUACAGCAGCGUAUGGUGCACCAUUUGUCCCGAUGAUGACUCACCAGCCACACUCUCAGAUGCUACACCAUCCUUUACAGGACACAUCUUCAUCCAGUCGUGGGAGUCAACAGACUGGUAGCCACACACAGUCGAAAACUGCCAGCAAGACAUACACUGGCGGCUCAAACUGGGGUUCCUACUAAAUCCACCGAACACCAAGGCAUAUAGAGACGGACGUUAACAUGACAGUUCAGUUGUGAAUACUCUUGGCUAAAUUUUAUUGCACUGAUGAUCAAGAAUUUCUCAUAGGUGUUAUAUUAACACGAAGAUUUUACUGCUAUCUUGUAGUUAAUUUGUUGAAUAUUGCAGUGUCUGAAAUUUAGCAAAAAGUAUUAGCAAGUUGAUGUUUGUUUUCAUUCAAGAUCAGAGAAAGUGUAUGUGUCUGUUGAUGGUUUACUGCUUAAAGAAGACGUUAAUGCUGAAUAAAUCUGGAUACUUCAUGUAACAGUAGCUGAAUGGUGAUAACACAUGGUUGUUAUUAUAGAUAAUAUAUUUUUUUCAAGGUUAAUGGAAAUUGUUCAUUAGAAGUAUAUAGGAUAUCUGUCAUCACCAAAAAAAAAAAAUUGAACAAAAUAUCAGAAUGCUUUAAACAUCCAACUAGGUUUAUAUUUUUAAAAAUUAUGUUUGUGACUAUAUUGUGUGUAAAUAUUUCUCUUUCUUUCUUUCUUUUGAUGCUUAAUAAAUUCCCUACCAGCUUUGUUUUUUAUUUGCAGAGUAUUUGAAGUAAGUCAAAAUUUAAGUUCACUUGAACAGUGGAAGCAGCAUACCUAGGACUUGCUGCAAAACUGUUUUACCUCCUGUCUUUAUGAGUUAUGACAAUUUUGCGCUGAUUCUGGGAAAUUGAAGUUAGUUAUUUUGUUUGCUAUAUAUGUUUUCUCCCUCCCCUUCUCCCCUCGGUUUCUCCCUCCCCUUCUCCCCUCGGUUUCUCCCUCCCCUUCUCCCCUCGGUUUUUGUUGAUGUAGUAUUGCGCUUACAAUAACUGUUAUGUGUACUUCAUAUUGUUACAAUUUACUGUAAAAGAGAAUUAAUUAUUGCUCUUUGAUUGGGCUUUUUUCAUUCUUAAUUUAAGCUUUGAGAAGUUUUCCCUUUCGAUGUUUCCAGUAACUGAAGGUAAAAUGACGGUUUCUACAGCACACAGGCUUUUGAUUGAUGAACUUCUAUUUGUUUGGAAUGUUUGUCUAUCUUUGUUAGUCACAGAUUGUUUAAAAGGCCUGGACUAAACGAUACAAUGAAAAUAUGCAUUGAAAUCACACAAUCACUACCGCGCAUCCUUUGAACGCAGUUAAUAUGCUACAGCCGUAAAAAUUUCAUUACAAAAAAAUUGUAAAGUAAAAGUAAAGUAAACUAGAUGUUUUUUAUAUAGAAUAAAUAUUGAUCUUUUAUUAAGUUGGAUUGCUUUCAAGAGAUCUUUCAAGAUUUUUUUUUACAUGUUGAUAUGACAAGAAACCAGAUGAUUAAGCAAAAAAAAAAUUGAACUUUUAGACUGAAUAGAACUUACCAUGUGCAUUGCAGCAAGAUUUUGUAUAGUCAUAUUACCUUCAGUAUACUGGAGUUUUUCUCUGAUUUACUCUAUUUCAUCCAAUUUAAUAGUAUUAUACCCAAGUGUAAAUAGUAUUGUAUAGCUAUAUAGAGUAUAUUAUAAAUAUAUAUAUAUAUUUGAUGCGAUGUCAGUGUUUUCUCUGGUUAUAGUACAUUUAUUAUGGUGUGAUCAUUGUGUAUUUACUUAGUGAAGUUUUUGCUGAUUUUAUCUUUUUUCUGCUGUAUAUUUGUGGACCAAGUUGUUUCUCAUAUAAUAUCACUGUGUGUUUUCUGAGGUUAUUCAACUACCAUUUUUACUGAAUGCUUCACGGUAUUUUGAUAGUUAGAUCGCACAUGGAUAUCUAAUAAAUAAGAAAGACUUGAUGUGAUGGUGAAUUAUUUGCUAACAUCCUUUUUAUUUUGACAGUGUAGAGAUUUUACUUUGUUGUAAACAAAAAUCAUAACAUUGAAAAAUAUUUUGUUUUGUUUUUUAGACGAGCCAGAUGUAGAAGUUAAUGAUCAUUUUACCUUGGAGCGGUCAGUAAAAUCAUGAGGUUUCUUUUUUGUACUAGAAAAGCGCAGUUUGUCACAAACUAGAACAAAAUCUGUCUGAUUACUUAUUGGUGCAUAGAUCUUUUUAUGUUUCUCUUAUGUGAUAUAGUAUAUGUAGAAUAUGUGUUGUUAACUGAUAGGUACAGAUGUUCAAUACAAGGACUGAGUAAUAUUUACUAAAUGUUAAGUGUUAAAGCAACACCACACUUUUUAAUGUAAAAUUGAAAUCCUCUAAAUUAAAGUUGUUAGAAUUUGGAUUUUGUAGAAGUGGUCUUUUGUUAAAAUUAUUGUCUUGGCUUUUUUGCAGUUUCACUUUUCAUUUAAAAAAACAAUAUUCAGAAUACUGAGAAAUUACCAACAAAGUCAACACUUUACAGUUGGUUUACAAAUAGUUAAUGGUGGUUUUCUUUUACUUCCGUAUUUCUUAAUUUAUGUAUACAUGUUGUUCAUGUCAGACCCUAUUUAAAUGUUUUUUCCAAAUUUUGAGCAACUAGCUUUAAAAUGAGUGAUACUCUAGCAUUCUGUGAAGUCUGUCGUGGAGUUAGAGACAGCAAACAUGUAGAUUUCCUUCUGCAUAAAACAAUUUGUUUACCUGGGAAAACUUACUGAAAUAUUGAAAAUGUGCUUGUGUUUUUCCAACAAGUAAUAGGGCAGACUACUGGUGUGUAGAUACAGAAUAUUUGUUUCUUUGUUACCUCCCUUCCACUGUAUAACCAGAACCGGAUGUUUCGAUGGAGUUUUUUUAACAUUUUCUUCUGUGUUUCUCCCAACCAAUUACAGCAUUAUUAUAAAUAUAAGGAACACUCGAGUAUGAUGAUGUAUUUAUAUAUUAAAACAUAGAAACUUAAUUGGCUUUUUCGAUGUAAAUGAGAUGUGAAACCAAAACUGGUAGUCCUGUUUGGCGCCAUAUAACCUAUACUGUGUUGGUGCGCCGUAAAACCCAAAUAAAUAAAGAAAUUCCCCAAGCUACCUGCAUAACAAUGUUUUGGUAUCAAUUAAGCUGCUAUCACAUACAAGGCAUUAGCAAUUUUAUAGUUCGACACAUACUGUGGGAAAAAAAUCCCAUGAUCACACUGUACACAAGAUCUGAGUAGGAUUCACUGGUUAAUAGCAUUGACUGAAUAUGUGUCAUGUAUUAUUUAAAUCAUUAUAUAAGUAGUCCUAUUUGUUACAUUUUAGGAUUGAAUGGAAUCAGAAACAUGUUUUCACAGUUGUAAAUUCAUUGUCUCUUGUAUAUCAUUAUUUUUAUGUAUUUGAAACAUAUAUUUAGUGCAUGUGAAUACUGCAUUACAACUUAGGACAAGUUAUAAAUGAGGCUGACAAAAUUGUAUAUUUGUCUUGUAUUAUAGUCUUUGUUAACAGAAUUUUUUUCUUUGCUUUUUAAAUGAAUGCUAAAAUUAAUACAAAAAAAUGAACAUUGUGUCUGUAAUAAAUUUCUAAUGUGGAA